GAAGGGGCAUUUUCGGUAUCUUAUUUCAAAAUAAAAGGGGCUCAGGGACCGGAAAUUACAGUUUGGAAAGUUUCUGGACCGGUUGUUUUAGAUUUAAUUAACAAGGACUUUUUGUUAUAGUGGAGUCUUUAGAGGGAUGGGAAAGUCAAUUACCCUUUUUUCUUUUGGCACAUUUCAGGGUGCCAGGAGCAGAAGGAAUCCAAGAAGCCAGCCGAGUGAGCUAUCGAGGCCCUUCUCCAUACCAUCAGCUCCCAAUCGUCCUUCUUUGUGUGCUUUUGGGGGAGAAACAAUGGCGUUCAACCCAUUGAGCCGGGCCAUCCAGGUUGUCCAAGGCCGUUGGUUCACAGUGUUUGCAUCUUUCCUCAUCAACGCGACCUCCGGCUCCCUUUUCGUCUUCGCCAUCUACUCCAAGGACAUCAGGUCCGCCCUCGGCUACGACCAGCGGACGCUCAACACCGUCUCCUUCUUCAAGGACCUCGGCGCCAGCGUGGGCAUUCUCUCCGGUCUCAUCUACGAGGUCGCCCCUCCUUGGGCUGUUCUCGCCUUCGGCUCUGUCAUGAACCUCUUCGGCUACCUCAUGAUCUACCUUGCCAUCACCGGCCGCCUCGCUCGCCCCCGCGUCUGGGAGAUGUGCCUUUAUAUUUGUAUAGGUGCCAACUCGCAAACCUUCAGCAACACCGGCGUGGUAGUCACCUGCCUCAAGAACUUCCCGGGGAGCCGCGGCGUCGUGCUCGGCCUCCUUAAGGGCUUCGCCGGCCUUAGCGGAGCCAUCUUCGCGCAGCUCUACCUCGCAAUCUAUGGCGAUGACUCCAGAUCCCUGGUGCUUCUCAUUGCAUGGCUCCCGGCCACCAUAACCGUCAUAUUCCUCUGCACCAUCCGGAUCCUGAAGACGGCGCACCAGCCAGGUGAGACAACCAAGCCCUUCUACUACUUCCUCUACAUCUCCAUCGCCCUCGCCGCCUACCUCAUGGUCAUGAUCGUCGUCCAGAAAAGAGUCGCCUUCACCUGCAACGCGUAUCGCAUCAACGCUGCCGUCGUGGUGCUCCUCCUUGUCCUCCCCCUCGCAGUCGUCAUCAGAGAAGAGCUCAAAAUCUUCAAACCAAGGGAACAAUUGCUCCAAAAUUCCCCACUGCUUACCGUAGCGGUAGACGCUCGGACGAUGCCCCAGCCACCGCCGCCGCCCACCGCCGCCCCAUCCACCAUAUCUAUGAAGAGGACACUGUCUUAUAUCAUUAACGUCUUCAGGGCUCCUGAGAGGGGAGAGGACCACUCCAUUCUGCAAGCCUUAGUGAGUAUAGACAUGGUAGUACUCUUCAUUGCGAUGAUUUGUGGAGUUGGUGGCACUCUAACUGCGAUCGAUAACAUGGGUCAGAUUGGGGAGUCAUUAGGCUACUCAUCUCAGACCAUCAGCACCUUUGUCUCCCUCAUCAGCAUAUGGAACUUUGGGGGGAGGGUGGCCGCCGGGUUCAUUUCCGAUAUCCUUCUCGAAAAGUAUAAGUUACCCCGCCCUUUGGUGCUUACCAUAGUCCUGCUCCUCUCCUGUGCCGGCCACCUCCUCAUCGCCUUCGGUGUCCCCGGCUCCCUGUACAUUGCUUCGGUGAUCAUCGGCCUGUGCUUCGGAGCAGAGGUACCAUUGUUCUUUGCUAUCUUAUCAGAGGUGUUCGGUCUCAAGUACUACUCUACUCUCUACAAUAUUUUACCAAUGGCUAGCCCAAUCGGGUCAUAUGUACUAAAUGUGAUGGUCGCCGGGUACUUCUACGAUGGAGAGGCGGCCAAGCAGGAGUCAUUAACAUGCAUGGGGGUGCGUUGCUAUAACUUCUCCUUCCUCAUUAUCACAGCGGCGACGGUUUUUGGGGCUCUUGUCUUGCUGGUUUUGGUGCGGAGAACCUGGGACUUAUACAAAAGGGAUAUAUAUGCGAGGUUCCGAGAGGGGUCUCAAGGUAGCAACCAGGGAGGGGAGAGGGAGGAGUGGACACGUAAUGACUUCAGGAGAGGGUAAUGGGAAUUGGGAACACAAGUUUAUGUGGUUGCUACAUAACUCGCAUGUAAUCUCACUGUGACCCAUCUUUUAAGAGCUUCUAUGUUACAUACGUUGAAAAUUAACUAUUUAAACUUGGACUGAA